AUUCUCGUAGAGUUGAACAAAGACUCUUGGGCUCUCUUGCGAAAUCGCGCCUCGUUUUCAUAGCAUCGUCUCUUUCUUUCAUUUAUUCACACAUUUUAUGCGCUUUGUUCUUCCUAGUUGUUCGCUCCUGCCUUAUGAAAACAACAAAUUUGGGACAUUUGAGUUUUCUUGGCUUGUGAAGUUGAAAUAUGAAGACUAGGGGUACUUCUACCAGUGGGAGUGGGAAGAGUCAUGUUAGUGAAGGAGGGGGAGAGCAAAUUGGUAAUGAUUCUGUGGCAUUCGGAGAUGUGAUCUUUAUCAGGCUUAGAAGUGGCACAUGGUGGCCUGCACAGGUUGUUGAUGACAAUAGUGUUAAUGAGAGCAUUAAACCUGGCAAAAGAUCGCCAGGGGAAGUCCUUGUUAGGAUCUAUGGAAGCUAUACAUACUCCUAUGCAGAUCCUAUUAAAUGUCGUUCUGAGUUUGAGGUGAUACUCAAGCAUAAUGGUGGUUCUUUGAAAAAUAUCCUUCAGCAAGCUCUUGAACAGGAUCUUCCUAGCACAAAAUCCCGUAGAUCAAAGGGUUCAUCAAAAGGAACAUCAAGUAAAAGUUCUGCAAGCAAGAGAAAAUCCUACAGGCAAGAUGAGGAGCAGAAUAAAGUCAAGGGCCGAAAGCAAAAUGAGUCGUUGAAUGAUGAUGAUCUGGGUAGCCAAAGUCAUGAAACCAACUCAUUAGGAAAGCCUCGAGAAUUGAGUGCCCGGAGGAUGAGAGUGAUGGAAAACCUUGGUCUCAUUGCUCCACGUGGGUCACCAUUCCACAAAGUUGGACAAAUAAUCAAGGCUCGUGAUUAUCGGAAUGGAGGAAUUAUGGGUGGGCGUAGUUAAGAACCAAACUUAUUUGCCAGCUGAACUAAACUGAAUUGGUUUUUUCGGUUUAGUUCUUGAACCGAACUGUUUAGAAAUCAGUUUUAAAACCAGUUUAAAACCGAACUGGUUUUGAAACUAGUUUUGAAUCUGUGUCUUACAAAUUGGUUUUGAAACUGCUCUCUCUUGAUAUUUUCAAACUGGUUUCCAACUAACUUUCUUAUAUGAAAUUGUCUUACAAACUUGUUGAUAUCUAUGAGCUCAAUUUUUUUUUUGUAAUUACCAACCGGUGUUCGAAGCUCGUGGGUUCUACUAAUCCGGUUUUGGGUUUGAAUUUCUCCACCUUUUCCAAGAAUUACGACUCUCAAGAAUCAAACCCAAUACCUUUUGAGCAAGUCAAAUCCUGGUGUCUAACUGGGAUGCUAUUAGACCAACAACUCUUGGGUCAAUUUUUUUCAAUUUGACUAUAACUAU